GACGCAAAAUUCGGGGCGAUUCGGGCGAUUUGACMGGACGCCCCUUUCCGACGCCUCCGCUCCGAGGAGAGAGGCCAUGGCAGCCGUGUUCCUGCCCGGAAACCUCCAGGACGAGGCCACUUGCUCCGUGUGCCUGGAGUUCUUCAAGGACCCCGUGUCCAUCGAGUGCGGGCACAACUUCUGCCGGGCGUGCAUCGUCAAGAGCUGGAAGGACCUGGAGAUGGAUUUCCCGUGCCCGCAGUGCCGGGAGGUUUUCCACCAGAAAAGCUUCCGCCCCAACCGGCAGCUGGCGAACAUGUCCGAGAUCAUCAGCCAGUUCACGCUGCGCGGGGCCAAGGGCGCCGAGGAGGACGCGCUCUGUCCCAAGCACCGCGAGGCGCUGAAGCUCUACUGCAAGGACGACCGCAGGAGCAUCUGCGUGGUGUGCGACAGGUCCCGGGAGCACCGGCCCCACGCUGUCGUGCCCGUGGACGAGGCGUCCGAGGAGUACAAGGAGAAAAUCCAGGGGCGCUUGGAUUUCCUGAGGAAGGAGCGGCAGGAGCUGCUGGAGUUCAAAGUGAACGAUGAUAAGAAAACCCAGGAGUUGUUGAAAACCAUCGAGAGUGAGCGGCAGAAACUGCUCUCGGAGUUUGAGCGGCUGCGGCAGUUCCUGCAUGACCAGGAGAACAUCCUGCUGGGGCAGCUGGAGAAGAUGGAGAAGAACAUCUCCAAGAGGCAGAAUGAGAACAUCACCGACCUCUCCAAGGAGAUCACGCUCCUCAACAAGCUCAUCACUGAGCUGGAGGAGAAAAUCCAGCAGCCCAUGCUUGAGUUCCUCAAGGAUGUGAUGGGCAUCAUAAGCAGGAGUGAUGAUGUGAAGUGCCACAAGCCCAUCCCCGUCUGCACCGACAUGAAGAUGCACAUCUGCAACUUCUCCCUCAAGACCGUCAUCCUUGAGAAAGUCUUGAAGAAAUUCCGAGAACAACUGCAGGAUGAACUGGGAAGAGGUGAAAAAGAGGACCUGACCCUGGACCCCGACUCGGCCAACCACCUGCUGAUCCUCUCUGCUGACCUCAAGAGCGUCCGGAUGGGCUGCAGGAAACAGGAGCUGCCUGACAACCCCAAGCGCUUCGACACCAACUCGCGGGUCCUGGCCACCACGGGCUUCGCGUCGGGGCGGCACUACUGGGAGGUGGAGGUGGGGCCCUCGGACGGCUGGGCCUUCGGCGUGGCCAGGGAGUCCAUCCGCAGGAAGGGGCUGACGCAGUUCUCCCCCGAGGAGGGGAUUUGGGCCGUGCAGCAGAACGGGGGCCGCUACUGGGCCGUCACCUCGCCCCAGCGCACCCCGCUGUGCCUCAGCCACAAGCUCAGCCGGGUCCGCGUGUACCUGGACUACGAGGGCGAGGAGGUUUCCUUCUAUGACGCCGAGAACAUGCAGCACAUCUUCACCUUCAAUGUGGCCUUCCAGGAGAAGGUGUUCCCCCUCUUUUCAGUCUGUUCCACCGUCACCUACAUCAAACUGUGCCCCUGAUGUGCCUCGGGGAGCGCUGGGAAAGGGCCUGGGCCCUGGACAAGCUCAAAGGCUCAAAUCAGCCUGGCUGGUGGGACGUGGGCUGGGGGACGGGAAACCACGUGGUCAGAGGAGCAUCACGAGGAGGGUCCUCAGAGCAGUGGAACCAGGGAGAUGUCCAGUGGUCCCCAGAAACUGUGAUUGCCAGCUUAAAGUUGUGGUCACCAGUUGGAAGGUUGUGGUCACCAACUCAAAGAUUUUGGCCACCAACUGAAACCCAGCCCUGGACCAGCUUAGUCGGUGGGCGAGAAGGAGCCCUCCGGAUGUUGGUCAUGGCUCUGAGUCUGACCCAGAUGGGGGUUYAAGGAUCAAUGUGAAUCUCUGGAGUGUCUCCUCCACCCCUUUGGAAGCACCAAUGGCUGGGAAAUGGAAUAUUUAUGGGGUGAAUGACCUGUGGGAAAGGUGGGAUUGAGCAGGAAUCCUCAGGCAUCCAUUCAAGGCAAAGUACCCCUGGUUGGCCAUGUGAAAUCCAGCCAGGUAUUUUCUGUUUUCUUCUCCCACCUGGGGUAAUAAUUGUCCCCCAAAAGCUGUUUCUGGAAUGUCAUCAGAGCUGCCCGAACUAUCCCAGGUGACCACUGGCCACCAGGUCUGACCUGUCCAGCGYGGAAGGGGUGCUGUGGGGUUUUGGCUGCUCUCCCUGUUUGGUUCUCCACACACGGCUCCUCUGGAAAAGGUUAAAAGGUGCUUUUUUUUAGUGAUUGUCCUGAGCAAGACAUACUUUUGUCCCUGUGGUGCUCCUGUGCCUAGGCCUCUGUGUGGACAAAUGUCCCCAAAACACCCCUUGUGGUUCUCGUGUUUUGCAUGGAUUAUGGUGCUGAAUCUCGUGUUUCCUCAGGUUCUCAGCAAAAUCCCCUGCUCAUGCUCAUUUCUCGUUGCUUUUUGCCUGGAAGCUCUCGGUUUGCCAAGGAGCUCACGCUGAACUUGCUUUUGCUUCGUCCACUCCGGUUUUGCAAAAAAAAAAAAAAAAUAAAAAG